AUGUCGGACAAGCAGCGGCAGCAACAGCUUUUCCAAGUAAUGAAGCAGAAACACUUGGGCUUGGGCACCGAAGGGACCACAAGUGAUGAAUGGCUUACACAUGUACAUAGAGAUACCUAUUAUAGUUUGGCAUCGCAUAAUGCCAUGCUUGAGUACCUGGCCUUAGCGCAAAAUGACCAGAGUAAGCGAAUUACCGAGCUCCGACUUUUGGAGCGCAUGAGCCAGGAUCUCAGUAAUAAAAGGAAACAGGACGAAGCAUGA